AUGCCGGGCUGGAGGCGGACAGCUGGCCUCGCUCUGUGGAGGACCGACGUCAGUGUUUGUGCUACUCUGGGGAAGAUGGCGGAGGCUGCGGCUGUUCCCCCGCAUCGGUUUUUCUGUCACUGUUGUAAGGGAGAAGUAAACCCCAAACUCCCGGAGUACAUCUGUCCCAGAUGUGAUUCAGGUUUCAUUGAGGAAGUGACAGAAGAUUCCAGUCUCCUAGAGGGUGGCGCUAACGGGAUAGAUGACACAGCCACACAGUUUGCAGAGCUAUGGCACUUGUUGUUGCUGGAGCGACCAUUCACAGCAGACAGUGACACGUCUGACUCAGAACCCCGGCUCCCUGGAGGACGCCUGGGAAGUCUGAGUGACCUCGGUGGCUUAGGAGGGGGGCCAAUUGGGGGCUCAGUUCCAGCGGGCCUUGGAGGACCGAUGGGGGGUCUACUAGGAGCGGGGGAACACUGGGGACCAGGACGUCCCACUCGCCUACACAGCCAAAGGAGAUACCGGUCCAGAGGCAGCAGCAGGCCAGACCGCUCGCCUGCUGUGGAAGGGAUUGUACAACAGUUCCUUGCUGGCCUCUUUGCCAACUCCGGAGUCCCCGGAUCACCACCCUUCUCAUGGACAGGGAUGUUGCACUCUAACCCUGGGGACUACGCCUGGGGACAGGGAGGGUUAGACGCCGUCAUAACACAGUUACUAGGUCAGUUGGAGAACACAGGACCUCCACCAGCAGAAAAAGAGAAGAUCUCCUCUCUUCCAACUGUCAAUAUCUCUCAGGAACAAGCAGACUGCUGUAUGGAAUGUCCGGUGUGCAAAGAGGACUUUGCAGUGGGGGAGCCGGUCAGACAGCUACCCUGUAAUCACUUAUUUCAUUCAGACUGUAUAGUACCAUGGCUGGAAAUGCAUGACACAUGUCCAGUGUGUAGGAAGAGUUUGAAUGGAGAAGACAGCAGCAGCCAGCCCCCUUCAGAGUCCCCCUCCCUCUCCAUGGACCCUCGCACACAAGAAAGAUGGUCCUUCUGAGACCCAUCUCAUCCCACUGUUCUUCUCGCCUACAUUCAACAACACACCGAGAGGACUGAAAAGGCUUCUCACGUUCCUCUGUUCACCCCUGUUGCAGUUUUAAUCAUCUCAGUUUGAUUUCUUCUUUUUUUUUUAAAUGCCUUUCUCUUCAACCAUGUACACGUCUUAAAAGUCACUUGAGGUCUGUUUGAUCUUUUUUGCCUAAUAACAAACCAGCCUAGAUUGAUGAUGAUCAAACCCAUGUGUUUGUCCACCUCCCUAGCAAACUCUUAGGUCUUUCUAGAAAUUCACUGCUGCGUUACCUUAAUGUGGCUGAAUGCCUCACUUCACUUCAUACACUGUGCCCUAAUUACUCACCUGCCCAUUUGUUGAAACCUGCAACUGAGCCCUGUAAGAAUUAUCAGAAAACGCAACGGUUACUGUCACUCUUGGCAUUUACAGUGGUAGGACGUAAAAAGAGAAUACCUACAGAUCUGCAACGGAAAUUGAUGUUCAUUAAGGGUAUAAUGUUAAACCUAUGCUGAUUGUCUUAAAGAGUUUGGUUGAACUUCGUUAUUUGUUCGGACGGCGUUCAAGGUAUUUGUGUCAAGCCCCUGUAGUGCACAGCAAAUGACACAGACGAGCAUUUCAUCACGUUACUGCUGUUUAAACCAACUAUUCCUUCCACCACCUUUGAAAACAGUGAACUAUUUGCCAUAGAAUUUGGCCCGUCAUUAAAAGGUUUAGCCUGAACCUUUCUCCCGGUGUAUAUAUUAGAAACGGACAACGUCCCCAUCGUCAUUUUAUUCCUGUUUGACUUGUCUUUUGUUCCACAUUUUUAUCACCCGUUUUUUGAUGUAAAUAAUUUUAGUCCAACAACGUAUGGUUUGCAAAGGCAAAGAAAAACAUUGAGAAUGGAAACACAAAUGUGAAAUACCUGGUUAUCAAACUGUAUAUUAUAUAUAUGAAAUAAUGUCUAUGAUGUAUUAAUAAAUUGACAAAAAAUACUGAA